GUAGGACAAGUAGGCGACCUGCACCUUAACUUCUUUGUUGCCUUUCAUUGAAACUGUCAGUUUUACAAUUACUAGUACAGUGUAGUACUAGUAGUCAUUUCUAGCUUCUGUUUAAAUCGCGCACCUAGCGGCCCUGACGGGAAAUGCCCCAGACUCAGCCGAAAGCCCCGCCCAUUGCAACGAUGCACUUGAGAAAACAAUAGGUUACGUGUCAAGACAACUUUUCCCCGAGUCAAGUCUUCAGUUCGAGCUCAGACAACGCCCGCGCAAGCUGUGCCCGGAACAACAGUCCUGACGGAAUGGCGAAAAACGCGAAUGAAGCUCUGCUGCAUGCUGCUAAAAUCGGCUGUCUUCGGGGCGUGAAAACAGCUCUGAAAGCAGGUGCGGACAUUGACUACGCCCAGGAAGGCAACGAACUCACCGGCAGUAGAAUUGUAAGAACAGCUCUGUUCUUCGCUUCGGAAGCGGGACAUGCCGAUGUAGUGAGGCUGCUGAUCCGCAAGGGGGCGUCUUUAACGAAAAGAUCCACCGACACGUCAGCUCCUCCUCUUCUUAUAGCAGCGUCCGAAGGGCAUACAAAAGUGGUGGAUUUACUGGUGCAUCACGGUGCAACGUUAGACACACGAGACUGUUUCCAGAGGACCCCGCUCAUGAUGGCCUGUAUUUUCAGGCGAGCAGACACGAUUCGCCGACUGAUCGAGCUCGGAGCAAGAGUUGAUCUGACCGACGCCAAUGGCUUGACUGCCCAAGGGUACUGCGAGCUGAACGUAGUCGGAUUUGGCUGUGUACCCAAAGAGCUGAUGGAGCUGAUACAAGAAGCACUGAGGACCAAGCUGCUGAAAUGCUGCAACCCUACAUGUGGCAAACCGGGCUACAGGUCCACACUGAAGAUAUGUGGCCAGUGCAAGCUGACCCGGUACUGCAGCCGAGACUGUCAGAGACAACACUGGCUGGCCGGACACAAGAUGUGCUGUGGGCAUGAUGCGUACUCCGAAGAUAUGAUACGACGAGAUUUCCGAAAAUUUCAGAUGCGAAAGUAUUGUGUGCUUUAGGUGGCUGUGUUU